AAAACCAAGUCCUCAACGACACAAGAAACAAAAUUUUACGUUUAGAACAAUUCAAGAGGAAGAAGAAGAAGAAUGAGUAGCGGAGGAGGAAAGACCGUGUGUGUCACGGGAGCGUCGGGUUAUAUAGCCUCGUGGAUCGUCAAGCUUCUUCUCAUACGUGGUUACACCGUUAAGGCUUCUGUCCGUGACCCGAACGAUCCAAGAAAAACCGAGCAUUUACUUGCGCUGGAAGGCGCCAGUGAAAGGCUUAAGCUUUUCAAAGCAAACUUGUUGGAAGAAGGGUCCUUCGAUUCAGCCAUUGAUGGCUGUGAGGGCGUUUUCCAUACCGCUUCCCCUUUCUAUCACGACGUCAAAGAUCCACAGGUCGAAUUACUUGAUCCAGCCGUGAAGGGAACGAUAAAUGUUCUAAACUCAUGCUUGAAGACUUCUUCAGUUAAACGGGUCGUCUUAACGUCUUCCAUAGCCGCUGUUGCGUUCAACGGAAAGCCACGAACUCCAGAGACAGUCGUUGACGAGACUUGGUUCGCCGAUCCUGAUUACUGCAGGGCCGCCAAGCUCUGGUAUGUGCUCUCGAAGACGCUAGCCGAGGACGCGGCAUGGAAAUUCGCGAAAGAGAAUGAUAUGCAGUUGGUUUCGAUAAAUCCAGCGAUGGUUAUAGGUCCUCUCUUACAGCCGACGCUCAACACGAGUGCCGCAGCUGUUCUAAGCUUGAUCAAAGGAGCGCAAACGUUUCCUAACGCGACUUUCGGGUGGGUGAACGUCAAAGACGUAGCGAACGCUCACAUCCAAGCGUUCGAGAACCCAUCAGCCAACGGGCGGUACUGUUUGGUGGAAAGAGUUGCUCAUUACUCUGAAGUUGUGGACAUCUUGCAUAAGCUCUACCCUGAUUUCCAGCUCCCUGAAAAGUGUGCGGACGAGAAGCAGUACAUUCCGACGUAUAAAGUAUCGAAGGAGAAAGCGGAGAGUUUGGGGAUCGAGUUCGUGCCGUUGGAGGUUAGCAUAAAAGAAACCGUAGAGAGCUUGAAAGACAAAGGGUUCAUCAGAUUCUGAAACGCACUGUCCGAGGAAUGGGAAUGCGAGUGAAAGUGAGAACUCAUGGAGUUUUUUUUUCUUUUUUCAAAUCUUCUUCUUUCGUUUCUAACACAUCAAGACACGGAUUGUCGCAUGUCAGGCCGCGAGGCCACUCGGUAGACUUAUGUUGUCUCUCCUGUCUUCUGUUUCUUGUUUUCGUGUUUCUCUUCGUCCCUUCUUGUCAUUUUAACUUGAACAAAAUAUAUAUGUUAUU